AUCACGACCCCCUUGGGGGUCGAUUGACGAUUUGCCAGGGGUCGCCUAAGACCAUCGAAAAUAUGGAUUGUUAUUAUCUACUCUUCUAUUGCUGUAUGUGUGUGUUUGGGGGGGGGGUCCAGGCGGAGUGGAGAAUGUAAAAAGGGGUCGCCGAACUUAAAAGGUUGAGAACCGCUGGUAUAGUGGGACUUCUUAUGGUCCGACAGUUACGCUGGGUGGAACACGUAUCCCCUACGGGAGAUGAUCGUAUGCCAAAGUCUAAAGGCAGUCUUUUUUUGGUGAGCUAAAAGGUGGUUGACGUAACAGAGGCGCCCCACGGAAACCAGCUUAGGCGUCAAAUUUUCUUGCCUGACAUAGAAAAGAGCACCUGGUUGCAUGCGGCCUCAGAACGAGACAGCUGGAGGUCACUCACGAAGGCCGCGAAAUACAUAUUUGAGACCAAAAGAAAAUCUGCUGCCGAGGACAAACGCAGACGGUGAAAAGAAAAUCUAAAUCGACCACCUGCGGAGAAUGGUUAUGCUUGCCCUGGAUGUGGCAAAAUAUGUAUAUUUGUUUACCAAUUUUAUACAUUUACUAGUUUUUUUCUGUGCCCUACUUUGUAAAACUAUACAUUUAUGAUACUUCUUUUUAGAUCGAGCUACAUAAAGUCAACCUAGAAAUAAAUCUUCCAUUUUUCUACAACAAUGAAUCUGCACAAAAGAUACAGAGAAAGCUAAUGCUGGUGACAAAAAGAUCUAAAUAUGUACCCAAUAUCGAAUUUAAAAUGGUGAAAUGUUUUAAUAAAAACAAAUUUAGAGACACAUCUACUUUUGAAAUACAAAACCGUUACUUUACCAUUUACCCAGAACUAGUGAAUGCAUGCUUAGAGCUCAGUCAUGGACAAUUUCUCAUCAGACACCUUGAUUUAGAUGGCGAUGUUUAUUAUGAGAAUAUUUUCUGUUCGAUUGUCUGGAAUGGCUUUCCACUUUCCACUGAUGACGAUUGCUCAACAAUGAUGUUUCCAAUUUCUUUACCUCUGUUAUUUUUUUCCACGUUGUUGAAUUUUAAUACAAGUCCUAAAAGUUCCAAAGCACUACAGAUGGAAAAAGAAAGCGAUGCAAAGGUGAUUGAUUGGCUUGAACGAAAUGGCCAAUAUUAUAAGAUUGAGUGUGCUCUAGGAAAAGUGCUCAAGGGAGACGACUGCAUUGGGAAUGAGAAUUUUCAGUGCAAAAGAUAUUUGGCGGAAUUUGGUUUCAAGAUAACUAGUUACCAUUUUCAGCUGCAACCAAAUAAUAUUAAUAAAGAAAACUUUUUAAAACACAUACUUUCACAGGUGAGGUGCAUACUACAAUUGUAAAAAAACCUUUCGCAAAAACCACUAAAGUGCAGAAGUCAGUUAUUCUGCAGUGACUCUGCAGAUUAUUUAGAUUAACAGGGGUAAUAGACCUCAUUCACCAAUCGUAAAC